AUGUCAACCCGUCUACUUAACAAAAUAGCCAUCGUCACCGGCUCGUCUUCUGGGCUUGGUCGUGCCAUUUCCCUCUCGUACGCUCGUGAAGGAGCGAAGGUGGUCUGCGCAGAUCUGACUCCCUCGGCACGAAUGAAUAUCCAGGAUGAAGGAGAAAUCUAUACACAUGAGUUGAUCCAGAAAGAAGGUGGACAGGCCAUAUUCGUUACCACCGAUGUCGGUGAAGCGAAUGACAUGCAAGCGCUGGUGCAAGCCGCGACAAACGAAUUUGGUAGAUUAGAUAUAUUGGUCAACAAUGCUGGCGUGGGUCUAGAAGCCCGUCGUUCCCUAGCUAGGUGCCAUGAAACAGAUGAAGAGGUGUGGGAUGCUACGAUGAAAGUCAAUGCCAAGUCCAUCUUUUUGGGAUGCAAAUACGCUAUUACCCAGAUGCUUGCUCAGGAGCCUCAUUCAUCUGGGGAUAGAGGGUGGAUCAUCAAUAUGUCUUCUAUCAUGGCGACCAUUGCAGGGAAAACAAUUCUGAUCAAAGCAUCUUACUGCGCAUCGAAGGGAGCAGUCGGUAGCUUGACUCGACAAGUUGCCCUUGACUAUGCUGCAGACAGGAUUCAUGUGAACGCUAUUUGUCCGGGAUAUACUCAGACUGCCAUUUUCACAGAUGCGAUGGCGGCGGGCAUGAGCUUAGAAGAUAUGCAGCGAAAGCAUCCUUUCAAUGGACCGGGUAAGCCAAGUGAUAUCGCUAAAAUUGCGGUCGUAUUGGCGAGUGAUGAUGCUAGCUGGGUAACUGGAGCGGCUUGGGCUGUGGAUGGAGGCUAUACCGCACGCUAG